AUGUCUCCUACCGUCCUUUUUGUUCCAGGCUUUUGGGAAGGACCCUCCGUCUUCGAGAAGGUGACCUCUCUCCUCAAAACAGAGGGUGUCACUGCAGAGGUGGCAGAGCUUCCGAGUACGGGAAAAACUUCACCCGGAAAUCCUACCAUGAAAGAUGAUAUCGCAGCUGUGCGCAACCACAUUGAAAACGUUCUCAACUAUGGAGAGGACGCUUUACUCGUUCUGCACUCGGCAGGUGGAUUUCUUGGUAGUGAGGCAAUGCAAGGUUUAGACAAGACAUCUCGCGGAGAUAAACCUGGUGUAAUUGGCAUCGUGUUCCUUGCAGGAGCAGUUUUCCCAGAGGGUUAUGAACACCAGCCUUUGCCUUUUGCUGUUGCUGAGGGUGGAGCUUCUCACUGCGCCCAGCCAGAGCUCUUACUCUUUGGCGACCUACCGGAGACUGAAAAGCCUCAAUGGCUCGCAGCUCUUAAGCCGCAGCCAGCUCAGGGCUGGGACGAUACAGUUCGCUAUACAGGAUGGAAGGAUGUGCCUAGUACCUACCUGAUCUGUGAGGGGGAUAACGCCCUACCAGUCCCGCUCCAAGAGCAACUGGCCGGUCUUGCAGGAAGCAGAAUCGAGAGAUGUAGUGCGGGUCACCUUCCAUUCCUUAGCCAGCCAGAGGAGGUGGUGCGCGUGAUCCAAUCCUCUUUGGUUUAA